AUUGCUGGAUGGUUUGAGAUUUGCCAGAGAAAAAAAAAAAAACAUUCUCAGAGAUUGUACUGCUCUGUAGCAGAAGUACCAGAUGUUUGCAUUUCAGAAAAGAACAGUCUGUGUUGGUGUCUGUAACACAAUCUGAACAAUGAAGCUUGAGGCACCAAAAACCUUUGAAGAUGUUGCUGUUGGCUUUUCAGAAGAAGAAUGGAAGAUGCUGGGCAAAGAGGACAAAACAUUGCACAGAGAGGUGAUGGUGGAAAACUACAAACACAUGGUUUCACUAGGGUAUAACAUCCCAGUGAAGCAGCUGUUGCUGUUGGUUACAAAUCCUGGUAUAACAAAAGAAGAUGUGAUAAAGCUUGAAAUGGAUCUUCCUGAUGUCUUUUCCAUCAUCAACAGUUGGCAGAAUCACCUUGAGACUCAUGGACAGCAAUCAUCAGUUCAGACUUAUCUGACUUCGAUAUAUGAUUUGGACUCUGCAGAUAAGAAACAAAUAUACACAGAAGAGAAGCUGGAUAAUGGUGACCUAUGUGAUAGUACGUCUGUGUUUAAAUCGGUCCCUAAAAUACAGCAGAGACACCCCUGUGGAGAGAAGUUCUACACUUGUUCUGCUUAUAAGAAGAGACACACAGAAGAGUAACACGUCAACAAAUGAGAAAAUGCAUAUUGUAGAUAAUCAGAUUUAAUAUCCUGCAUGUAGCAAGGUUUUUACACAGACAAAAACCCUUUCAAAAUGGCAAUAAAUGCAGACUGGAAAGAAGUCUUAUAAUUGUGUCGUACGUGACAGGAAAUUUGUAACGAGGAGUAACCUCAGUGUGGAUGAAAGAGAAUACACUAGAAAAAAAGUUGUAUAAAUGUGCUGUUUGUGAUAAGAGCUUUACACAAAGAAGGAGUUUUGCAGCUCACAAGAGAGUACACACUGGAGAGAAAACAUAUAAAUAUACUACAUGUGACAAGUGUUUUACACAGAGGAGUAAUCUUUUAGUACACACAAAGUUACACAGUGGAGAGAAGCCAUUUAAAUGUGAUGUAUGUCAGAAGAGAGUUACACAGAAGAUUUCCCUUUUUUUCACGAGAAGAUACACACAGGAGAGAAGCCAUAUAAAUGUUUGACAUGUGGCAAGAGCUUUACUUGGAGGAGUUGCCUCAUAAAACAUGAGAAUAUACACACGGGGGAGAGGAGAUUUCCAGAAAGUAAAGAAAUGGAGAGGGCAUAUAUGUGUACUACUGGUAAUAAAUGUUUUACAAGUGAGAGUAAUCUUUUAUCACACACAAAGUCACGCAGUGAGGAGAAACCGUUUAAGUGCUCCACGUGUGACAAGACUUUUAAGUUGAAGAUUAGCCUUUCAACCCAUGAAAAGGUACAUGUUGGAGAGAAACCAUAUAAAUGUGCCACAUGUAGCAAGUGUUUUACAUGGAAGGAUGCCCUCACUAAACAUGAAAAAAUACAUACCGGAAUAAAGCCAUAUGUGUGUAACAUGUAACAAAAGCUUUAUAUGGAAGGGUGUACUUGCAACACAUGAAAAAAUACACACUGGAGUGAAGUCAUAUAAAUGUUCCACAUGUGACAAAAGUUUUUCACAGAAGACAUAUCUUUCAUCCCAUGAGAAAAUUCACAGUGGGGAAAAGUUGUAUAAAUGUGCCACAUGUCACAAGAGUUUUAUACUGAAGUCUGUCCUCACAACACACGAGAAAAUACAUAGUGGAGAGAGGCCAUACAAAUGUGCCAUAUGUAACAAGAGUUUUGUGUGGAAGACUAGCCUCAUAGUCCAUGAGAAAAUACACAAUGAAGAAAAGCCAUAUAAGUGUGGUACAUGUAACAAGAAGUGUGUACGGAAAGAUAUGCUUGCAGCACAUGAAAAAAUGCACACCGGAGAGAACCCAUACAAAUGUGCCACAUGAGACAAGAGUUUUUCAACGAAAACAUAUCUUUCAUCCCAUAAAAUGCACACUGGUGAAAAGCUAUAUAAGUAUGCCACAUGAAACAAGAAUUUUAUAUUGAAGGCUAUCCUCACUACACAUGAGAAAAUGCACUCUGGAGAGCGGCCAUAUAAAUGUACCGCAUGUAGCAAGAGUUUUAUAUGGAAGGCUAACCUCACAGCACAUGACAAAAUACACACCGAUAAGAAAAUUUGUCCAAUACCAAAAGUAAAGAAGGCAGAAACAAGAAAAAAGACAAAGAAAAAAGUAAAAAAAAGUAACAUUGAUCAUUGAAAUAACUAUACUGUACGGUGAUUAUAAUGUUUUGCUUAUGGAGAAAGUUAUAAAAUACCAGGAAAUACAAGCAGAACAUGUUAGCUCAUCUGGAAGAAGAUGUAUCUGUAGAAUUGUGAAAACAAAAAGAAAUGCAGAUGCUGUGAAAUGAUGUAACAGAAGUAAACAGAAUAUAGCACUAUACAUCGAAACUAGUUGCAGAUAAAGUGGUACCGCAAACAUGCAGAAUAAGAAAUGGAAAAAUUGAAACAAGUAGAAUGCCAUCAACAAAGCAUCAGAGAGAAAAUGAAAGAAUUGAGUUGAGAAGUGUCAGUACUAUAAUAAUGUAGAAAAGGAAAUAGGUCAUUAACAGCUAUUAGAGCAACAUAUAACACAAAAAUAUAACUGAUUUGUCUUAUACCAUCUACAGUAAUAAAUUAAAAAUAUUAGCAGACUCAGAAAAACUGAGAAAUUAUAUAGAAAAAUACAAAAGAAAAACACAAAGUAACCAAUUUAUUGAAUCUGGAAAGAGAAACAAUAAUAAUAGUGGUACCACAUAAAAAAGAAGAAAUCAAUCCAUACUUUGGUAGUAUUUAUGGAGAAAAUUGGAGAUCCUGCUGAAAAUAUCAGAGGCUGAAUGGAUGGAAGACAUACAAAAAAUGUAAUAAAUGCUUAAAUAGAAGAUAUGAAAUGUAAUGAAGUAACUGCAACAGAAAUUGAGACAAACUUAAAGUCUCCUAACAAGAAACCCCAGGUCUGUAUGAAAUACCCAACUCCUUACUAAAGGUAGUAACAUAUUUGCACAGUGAUUUAGCCUUGAGCAGAAAUGACUUAUAUUCACAUCCUGAAUUAACACUAACAUGGCUAACAGGAAACAAUAUACUCCUUGUUAAAAGCGAUCUAGCAAACCAACUUAAGAACUGUUGACCAAUAACUUGGGCUCUCCAGCAGUACGUAAGCUGUAUACUGGAACUGUGCAACUGAAGUUUUUAGUCACUUAGAAAAAAAUGAAUCAUGAUAAUAGAACAGAAAGGUAAAAGAACAUGUGAUCAUCUAUUAUUAAACAAAACCAUAACUGACAGUGUAAAAAAGAAACAGACCCCAGUUAUGGCAUAGAUAGAUUACAAAAAAAAGCAUUUGACAUCAUUCCACAGUAAUGGAUUUAUGGGAUGCAUCAAAUAUAACUUACACUGAUAAAUAUAACAGCCACUAUGAAACAGUGGUAUAAUGCUUUACAACUGAGUCAUGAUUAAGGGCAAAUUACUGUCCCAGGGACAAAAAUCUAUAAAGUGACAUUCUAGGAUGAGUCUUUGUCACUACUGCUGUUUUUGCCUUCCAAUUAACCCAUUACACUGUUUAUUUAACAAAUCAUGCUACAGUUACAGCUUGACUUCCAGAAAGCAGCCUUGCACAAUGAUAUCUCAUCUGCUUUUUCUGGAUGAUUUCAAACUAUAUAACUUGUCAGACAAGCAACAGAAAUCAGAAUUACAAAUGGUCAAAACCUAUUUCAAAUGAUGUAAGAAUGACAUAUGGUCUUGAUGAAUGUGGAAAAGCAAUACUCAGAGCAAGAAAACUUAAGCAACAGGGAAAUGUUAUUAAGGGGGGAGAAUGUGAUAUAAUUACCUCACUAAAAGAAUCACAGACCUAAUGUAGAUGCCCUACGCUGACCGCCUUAAAAAACACUAGCGAUAC